AUGGCAUCUCGGCAGAUCAGCUUUGCAGCCAGCCUGCGGCUGCUCAACUCGGGCCUUCGGCGGACACAGAAACAGCUGAACAGCCAGCUUUCUAGACAGCAACCAUGGACAUCACGGCAGCAGAUUCGCAUGUCCAGCUUGGCUGCAUUCAAGCCGCCCGCCGUGCUGAACGAGCCCAACCACAUCUAUGCCAAGGGCUCAGCAGAACGGGCCGGCAUCACAGCGGCCAUUGAGAACCUGCAGGUCAAGCUGCCACUUCAGAUUCCGCUCGUUAUCGGAGGAAAAGAGAUCCGGACAUCAUCAGUCGGGAAGCAAGCCAAUCCCUCGGAUCACAAGUCGACUGUGGCCACAUACUCACAAGCAAGCCCGGCAGACGUGCGGGCAGCCAUCGAGUCGGCGGUGGCAGCACAGGCCGAUUGGGCAGCAACGCCGUUUGCAGAGAGGGCCGCCGUCUUCCUCAAGGCGGCAGACCUGAUCGCGAACAAGUACCGGUACGACCUGAUGGCGGCGACGAUGCUGGGCCAGGGCAAGAACGUGUGGCAAGCCGAGAUCGACGCGGCAGCAGAGCUGGUGGACUUUCUGCGCUUCUCUGUGCACCACGCCGAGCAGCUGUACGCACAGCAACCGGUGCACAACUCACCGGGCGUGUGGAACCGCACCGAGUACCGCCCGCUCGAGGGCUUCGUGUACGCAGUCAGUCCAUUCAACUUCACGGCUAUUGCCGGCAACCUGACGGGCGCACCGGCGCUGCUGGGCAACGUGGUGGUGUGGAAGCCGUCCGACUUUGCGGUGGCGUCCAACUGGGUGCUCUACAACAUCUUCCUCGAGGCCGGCCUGCCGCCCAACGUGAUCCAGUUUGUGCCGGGGCCAGCGGCCGAGGUGACGCGCGAGGUGCUGAGCCACCCGGCCUUUGCGGCCCUGCACUACACCGGCAGCACGGCCGUGUUCCGGCAGCUCUGGGGCAAGAUUGGCGAGGCCAUGGCGGCCGGCAAGUACGCUGCGUACCCGCGGGUCAUCGGCGAGACGGGCGGCAAGAACUUCCAUCUGGUGCACCGGUCGGCCGACGUGGCGAACGCAGCCGUGCAGACGGUGCGCGGUGCCUUUGAGUUCCAGGGCCAGAAGUGCAGCGCCACGUCGCGGCUGUACGCGCCGCGGUCAAUCUGGCCACAGCUGCGUGACCGCAUCGUCACCGAGGUGGCAGCCCUGCGCCAGGGCGCGCCGUCCGACCACAGCAACUUUGUCGGCCCGGUGAUCCAUGCGGACGCCUUCCAGCGGCUGACGAGCGUGAUCGAUGCCGCGCGCAACGACCCCGAGCUGACGCUGCUGGCCGGCGGCGCAUACGACGGCAGCAAGGGCUACUUUGUGCAGCCGACGGUGUACGAGACGAGCAACCCAGCACACCCGCUGCUGUCGCGCGAGCUGUUUGGGCCGGUGCUGGUGACACAUGUCUACGAGGAUGGCGAGGGCAAGCAGAAGGAGGAGCAGGACGCCGCCUUUGCUGCGGCCUGCGACCUCGUCAGCACGACGUCCGAGUACGGCCUGACGGGCUCUGUGUUUGCGGCUGACCGGGCUGCUGUGCGCGUGGCUGAAGAGCGGCUGCGCAAUGCAGCCGGCAACUUUUACAUCAACUGCAAGAGCACGGGCGCUGUCGUGGGCCAGCAGCCGUUUGGCGGCAGCCGUGCUAGCGGGACCAACGACAAGGCCGGCAGUGCCACGCUGCUGAACCGGUUUGUCAGCGUGCGCAGCAUCAAGGAGGAGUUUGGAUCGACGACGACGGUAGCAUAUCCGAGUAACGAGGUAUGA